GCUCCUAAGCGCCCUCGGGCUCGGAAUGCAGGUCUCCCUCCUGCUGCGUCUGCUCCCCGGAGGGCUCGGCGUUGGCUCCGUGGCGCAGAGGGAACAGCUUCAAAACGUCUUACACUAAGAAACUUUCAACUGUGCUGAAAAACUUCGAAGAUGAACAGUUUCCCCUUCUCUCUCAUUUGAAAGGAUUUAGAGAAGAAAUAAAACUGCAGACAGUUAAAGCUCAUAUUCAGGAUGAAUGAUUAUCAUUCCGAAGGCCAGACAGAAGAUGAACUGCACACCUUAUUUAUCAGUGAUAAAAAUGGAAACACUUAUGCAUACAACCAAAAGUCACCACCCACACAAAACUGUUUGACCAGCGGUUGGAAUUCUGCCAACCCAGAUGACAUGGUGGUUGAUUAUACAACCGACUCUGCUGUGGACAUUGGUGAGAAUAUUUCCUUAAACCCUUCGAGUGUUGAAGUACUUGAUCACCCAAAGUCUUCAAGUGAUUUCAUUGGUGCGGAGGUAUUAUAUAUGCAUAAAGAUUCCCCAUGCCAGUCUUCUGCCCAUGUUGUAAACACAGAUGAGCCCAAGUACCUGCAUAAUAAUUGUCAUUCCCCAGAGUCAGCUCAGGACCAGAGUGUUGAGACCUCUUGGCCUAUUGGGUGGAAACCUAAUGAUGAGGACUCGAACUGCACAGACUACCCCGCUGCCUUGCAGCUAAACCAAACAUUUGACAGGGAAGUGGAUCACGCGAACUGCACCUUUAUUAAACACCAUGCCAUCGGAACGAGUCAGUCUUUGCGUGCCUCUGGAAGCCUGCAACCACCUGGCCUGAGAAGCGGAAAUACAUCUUUGUCCUGUUCCGUUCAUACGUCUUUCCAUGCUGGUAAGGCACGUGUGACAGAAACGAGUCAUGAUAGAGACAUCUUUAAACACCCUUCGACCACAGCUUCAGAGGCCCUAGAUACAACUUACAUGGCAUUUUCUGAGAUGGUGAUGCAAACAGAUGCUUUUGCUCCAGAUAUUGGAAAUGCAUAUCAGUAUUCUUCAGGAAACGUCACCAGUGAGUACGCAGAUGGGCCGCAGCAGAGACUGGUUGGAGAAAAAGAGACACAUACGCCAACACCAGUUUCCGAUGGCAUGGAUGUCCCCAGUGGGGCUGCAUUGGAGGAGUUCUUUUGUUUACCUAAAGAGGAACCAAGUAGUGAGACACAUUCAGAGAGCUCCUAUGGGCAAAAGGAAAUGGGCCAUGACCUAAGAGAGACAGUGUCUGAUUGUCGUAUAGAUGAUGAAUGCCCUUUCCUGGUGCCAGCUUUGGAUAAAAGUGAAGCCCAGAUGCUGACCCCAGAACAUAAACUCACUGGGGCUGGAAACACAUACAUUGCCUCCGAGGAAAAGGAUUUGGGAAUCCAAAAUCACACCAUAGAAUUGGUACCAAGAAGACCCCCAGGACAGAGGCUGGCUUCAUCAUUUGACCUGAGUUGGGAUGAAAGUGACAUGCUCAUGAGCACGAGUGAGGCAAUUUGCAUGUCCACGCCAGUUCCCAAGCCCAUGAAUGCAACCUUCUUUGUUUCACCCAUUGAAGCGACAGAGAAUAGUAGUAAAGUGGAGAAGAGUAAUCGAGAGCUUGCUAAACCUAAUCUAGGAAAACCACCGACCAAAGCAAAUGCCUCGAUAGGCAGCAAAGUUAGAAAAAACAAAAUCAUAAGUUACCCGAGACCAAACUUCAAGAACGUCAAAGCAAAAGUUAUGUCUAGACCAGCAUUACAGUCUAAUGACCCUGUGUUGUCAAAGGUCACACCCAGACCUCCGCUAACCAGUGCCUCAUCACCCUCGUCCAUUUCCUCCUCAAGGCCAUUGACAGUUCUGGGCAAAAAACUAAGAUCUGACUCGAACGCAGACACGAAAGCAGAAAUCCCAAUUACCAAGACACAGAAGCAGCAAUUUAAUAAACUCAUUACUAGCCAGGCCGAGCAUGUUGCAACUCAUUCUAAAAACGCUUCCCACAAGGUUGCGAGAACAACAUCUGCCGUGAAGUCAAAUCAGGAAGAUGUUGACAAAGCAAGUUCUUCCCAUUCAGCCUGUGAGCCUGGGUCUGUGGCUUCAGCUUUUCAGAAGGGCAAAGACCUAUUCCCUGUUCAAAUGGACAGCACAGGCUGUUUGGAAAGGACCUACGUUUCCAGCAUCCAAAGGAUUAGCCCCGAAAAGAAGGGUGAAAAAGAAACCGGGACACCUCAGGAACAGCAAGGACUGAAAAAGGAAGUCAUGAGUGAGGACUUUGACUAUGGGCCUCUGUUUGUGGGUUCUGCUUCAAAAACUGCAACCCCCACCGGUAGGAGUACACCCAAGCCCGACUCCUCCAGUCUGAGGAUGAAACCUGGCCCCAAAGCCAAAGUGGGGCCUUCUGUUUCCUGUCUGAGGUAUAAUAGCACCAGCAGAAAUCUCAGUUCGGAUCGUGCCUUAUCGUACCAGAGGAUCAGGCGUGUGUCUGGUUCUGGAAAACCUACAUCUUUGAAGACUGCACAGCCGUCUUGGGUGAAUGUGCCUAGACCACUUCCUAAGUCCAACGCGUCCUUGAAGAGUUCUGCGCUCCGGAGGACAGGAAGCCCUUCCUCCGUUACCAGCACCCGCAGUGAUCUGAACACCUACAGCAAUAAUUUUGAAAACGGCAGACAAAAGACUCCCAGAAGUCUAUGCAUCCAGACGCAGACGUCUCCCGAUGUGCUGUCCUCGGAGAAAGCACUUGAGUUGGCCCAAUGCAAAACAAAAUGUGAAAGCCAGAGCAGGUUCAUCCUGCACCUGAAGCAGCUUGUGUCCUGCGGUAACACCAGGUUUGAAGCCUUGGCAGUCUUGAUUCAGCACCUACUGUCAGAGCGGGAGGAAGCGCUGAAACAACACAAAGCCCUAUCUCAAGAACUUGUUAACCUCCGGGGAGAGCUGGUCACUGCUUCAACCACCUGUGAGAAAUUAGAAAAAGCCAGGAGUGAGCUGCAAAUAGCUUAUGAAGGAUUUGUCCAGAAGUUAAACCAGCAGCACCAGACUGAUCUAACAGAGCUAGAGAAUCGGCUCAAAGAAUUUUACACUGAGGAGUGUGAGAAGCUUCAGAACAUUUAUAUCGAAGAAGCAGAGAAGUACAAAACGCAACUGCAAGAGCAGUUUGACAACUUAAAAGCUGCCCAUGAAACCUCUAAGUUGGAGAUUGAAGCUAGCCACUCAGAUGAAGUAAAAUUACUGAAGAAGGUCUAUGAAACCUCCCUUUCAGAAAUCAAGAAAAGCCAUGAAUUAGAAAAGAAAUCACUUGAGGAAUCGCUUUCUGAGAAGCAGGAAUCCCUAGAGAAACAAAUCAAUGAUCUGAAGAGUGAAAAUGAGGCUUUAAAUGAAAAGCUGAAAUCAGAAGAACAGAAAAGAAUCUCAAGAGAGAAAGCAAAUUCAAAAAACCCUCAGAUCAUGUAUCUGGAGCAGGAGCUGGAGAGCCUGAAAGCUGUGCUGGAGAUCAAGAACGAGAAGCUGCACCAGCAGGACGUCAAGUUGAUGCAAAUGGAGAAACUGGUGGACAACAACUCGGCACUGGUCGACAAACUGAAGCGAUUUCAGCAGGAGAACGAGGAAUUGAAAGCUCGGAUAGACAAGCACAUUGCCAUUUCAAGGCAACUCACCACGGAGCAGGCCACCCUGCAGGAGUGGCUGGAGAAGGAGUCAAAGGUCAACAAGCGACUGUCCAUGGAGAACGAGGAGCUGCUGUGGAAGCUGCACAACGGGGACCUGUGCAGCUCUGACAGGUCCCCCACGUCCCCUGCCAUCCCCUUCCCGUCCCCAAGGAAUUCGGGCUCCUUCCCCAGCCCCAGCGUUUCACCCAGAUGACGCUGCUGAAAGCGGGGAGACUGUCUGAGAGCAUUGUCACAGGUGUGCAGCGCUGACCCUGACCGCGGUCGUGGGAUCAAGAGCCACGUGAGCUGACGUGUCAUUACCGCACUAGAACUGGAAAGCCUCCACCCCCAGCAUCAGCUUCUAGUGAGACUGAAGCUGUGUGGAGGGGGGGACACGUGACUCUCUGGCCAGGAGACUCAUCCCCAAACAAUUUCGGAAUCGAUCUGCACGGACACACGCACAACGCACUUCAAGAACAUUGCCUUCUUCAUGUACGCAUAAGGAGAACAACUCUCAGGGGCCUCUUCAGCUAGAGAUUUAUAACCUUUAUAAUGUCCUUCGUCACAGGCACCGCCUUGUGAUUUUUACCUGGGGGAUGUGUGAAUAAAAUGGGUGCGGCAGAGUGUCCUGUGUCUGACGCUGCCUCCUUCCUUAUGUACCGAAAGUUCUGGAUAUGUACUAAUCAGUAAAGUCAGUGUAAGCUUUUCUGCAAAAAGCCAUAGAAGAAAGAGCAAUAGCUGCUUGAAUGAUGACUCUGUACCACCCACUCCACUCUGCCCUUUGAUGCCAGGGCCAAGGGGAAGGGCGGGAAGAGCUUUGACUUGCCCUGUGUCUGGGCGGUCUGUUGAAGUAUCCUGGCAUUCGUUCAGUGUUCAGCCAUGUCUGUUAAAACAAACUAGGUUAUUUUUCUGUAGAUUUCUAGCUUUCCCACAUGAUCCUAACGUUUUACUAUGAUCCAUCUUCUCAGGCUACGAGCAAAUGCAAAACCCUAAUUUUUCUAAGAUUCUAUGUAAAGAGGAGGGGCAGCAGCAGUGAUUGCUUCUGCCUCACGCCUACCUUGACCUGUGCUGUCCUCUGCUGUAGAAACUGUCUUCUCCCAGUAUCUGCACUUCCUCCCCUAGCCAGAGCCACAAAAGCGAACCUUCUACCUCCUCCCCAUUUCUCUCUGGGACAAGGAUAAUGGAAAAUGCUUUUCCAGAGCCAGCUCUUCCUCAUGGUGCUGAAACCACUUUCCAAAGAAAUUACAGCCUGGAUCUGAUGGUGCACAUUUUGGGAAACCCUAGCAGGAAUAAAGAACAAGUCAUUGACUAGCAGAACUCAGGAAGGUAGAUUCAGUGCUUGAUGAAUAGGAGUACCUUGAUCAAACCAGUGAUGCAGCAUUUAGUAGAAGAUGAUGCUAAGGUUCUGUGUGCCCUUUGAGGAAACCUUCUGUCUUUGGGAAGGCGGAAUGGCCCACUGACGAAUAGAAAACAUGGCUUAUAUUGUAGAACUGUCCUCCAUCCUGCAUUUCCAUUGCUCUUCCAAACUUCACCUCUUCCCUCCCGCAAUUCCAAUACUUUGAGUGAGGUGGGAGGAAGAACUGUGGCAUGUCCCCCUCUCCUGCUUGUGUCAGCAUUGGGGUGUCAGAAUUUACUAAUCCGCAUUGCUGACGUUCUGUGGCUGUGCAAAUAACCGCUAGAGUAAGAACAGACUCAGGAUACUAAAGGUGGAUAUUUGAGUCAUCAUUUACCUGUACACUACGUAGCAGAUUAUAUUCAUGAUGCAUGUUUUAUUUUAUUCUUAGUGAUUGUGUCUGAAGUCUAAACUUCAAUAGUUUAUUCUGUAUGUAACCUUCCACGUCCACUCUGAUACAUGAGAACUAGGUUCACUGCCACCUUCCGAAAUAUCUCUUUGCCCUUUCAAGUUGCUCUCAAUGUCAUUAGCCAAAGUUGGAUUUGCCAUCCAUUCCCUCGCUUGGUAAAUCUUGUGCUGUUCUCUGCUCUCCUCCAUACCAUUUAGGUGUCCGGGGAAAUCAACCUUACGCAGUUCGUAUAAAAUGCCUUCAGAGAAUGGGAGACAACCGGAGAGAAGAUAGGAAACAAAACAGAGAACUUUAAGGUUUUUUUCUCAAACCAAAUGUUUCACAUAGGACGCAAAAUGUUGGCCCGUCAUGAAAUAGAUGUGUAAAAAACUGUAAUUAUGCUCAGUUUGUAAUGAUGCAAAGUGUAUUUUUACCUUGAUUAAAUAAAUAAUGCUGGGAUAUUUAAUAUAAGAA